UGGGUCCUCCCCGCCCGGGCCGGUGGACCCCCGGGCAAUCUCCGGCUGGGUACUGGGGCGUUGACUACAGGCCUGCACCAUGCGUGAAUACAAGCUAGUUGUUCUUGGCUCAGGAGGCGUUGGGAAGUCAGCCCUGACUGUGCAGUUUGUCCAAGGAAUAUUUGUUGAAAAAUAUGAUCCUACGAUAGAAGACUCCUAUAGGAAGCAAGUGGAAGUAGAUGCUCAACAGUGCAUGCUUGAGAUUUUGGACACGGCAGGAACGGAGCAAUUUACAGCAAUGAGAGACUUGUACAUGAAAAAUGGACAGGGCUUUGCACUAGUGUAUUCCAUCACAGCGCAGUCCACAUUUAACGACUUACAAGAUCUGCGAGAACAGAUUCUCCGAGUUAAAGAUACCGACGACGUGCCAAUGAUUCUGGUUGGGAAUAAGUGCGACUUGGAAGAUGAAAGAGUUGUAGGAAAGGAACAAGGCCAGAACCUAGCAAGACAGUGGAACAACUGCGCGUUCUUAGAAUCUUCAGCUAAAUCAAAGAUAAACGUUAAUGAGAUCUUUUAUGAUCUAGUGCGGCAAAUUAACAGAAAAACUCCUGUCCCCGGGAAGGCACGUAAAAAGUCGUCGUGUCAACUGCUUUAAUGUACAGAUGUAUUGUAGCUCUGAGCCAGGUUUGAAGAACUGUUGCCCAAUUCCAACAGCGCCAGCAUUCCGACUUUAUUCAGCCCACCAACAUCUUAAAUGGACUUUCCCGUGGUGAUACCCUUGAAGAAACGGAUGAAAGCUACGACAUCGGUUGGCACAUUCGGUUCACUUGGCGGUGUCAGAGAUUUUUACUUACAGCGUGAGUAUGCAGCUGGUGAAACCAGAGGCUCCGUCCAGUAUUACUGCUAAGAGACGUUGUUCAUCCCUCCUCCAGUGCUGUACGUGUAUGAAAAUUGCGGACUGUAAACUCUUAACAAGCCCCAUACUUUCUAUUGGAGAGUCCAGUAAUGGAAAUCCUGAAAGCACCACUAUUUUAGCAUAAUGAAAGAAAGUCCAAAGAGCUCCUAUAUAGACUACUCCAGAUAACUCCGCUUCUUUGAUAUUUGUAGCUUCUUGUAAUUUUUUUUUUUUUUUUUUUUUAAAGAAAUACGAAGUCACCAUCGUAUUGUACAAAAGCGCUUUGAAUUAACACAACCGCUAACUAGAUUUUGGGGUUCCUUUCUAAUUUUUGGAAAACCUGUGGAGACCGUGAUCUUGUCUUUAAAAUGAGAUAGUCCUUUCAGUAUAACGUCUCAGAUCUAAGACUUUGCCUUUAAUAUCUGUUGGGAAGGAAAAAGAAAAAAAAUGUCCAGACUUUUCAAUCUUUUAUCGUACGUUCCUUUUUUUUGUUUACAUAGGGAACACUGUUUAUAGUUACGUGUACAGUGGGGGUCUACAACAAGAAGUGUAUAUUUUCAGACAAUUUUUUAAUGAUUUGACAAUUUUUUGUAAAUCAUUUUCAGGCUUCUGCAGCUGUAGAUUCUCACUGUGAACCCCCCCCUCCCGCCCCCUUCUUCCCCCCGUCUCCUCUUCCCCCCCGCUUGCUCAUGCGUAAGUGUAUUUGCAAUACCAAAUAGACAGGUUUUAGCCCUAUUACCCGUUAGUGACUGUUUCCCCGUGUGUAACGUUUUGGUUGAGAUGUGAAAUGGUGGAAGAGUACUGUGGAUGUGAAUGUGGGAAGUGAUUUUUAUAAUCCUAUGUAAUUGGUCACGGGGCCCGAGUUUGCAGUAAUUUCCCCUUUGCCGGUUUAUUUACCAAAUGCCCCGUUGCUUCGUCCGCAUUAACGUUCGGGUGUAAAGAUCGUGUGUAUAUCCAGCAGGGAGCCACAGUAUUUAAAUUGACCGACCUAAUGUUACAAACUGCUUCGCGGUGGCCAAAUGUAAACUAAAAGCCUUAAUCGAAAGUGGUGCAAUUUUGUAUAACGUAGCAUCAGUAGUUCAAUAAAUUUGGAUUGCCAUGCAAGGGCUUGCAUUAUAA